GUGAUGGUACAAAAAGUGUUGAUGCUCAAGACGUGAGGAGAUUCCUAACGUAGUAACGUGAAUUACCUCUUUUUUUUUAUCAUAUACGAACAUAUCUAUUUUCAAAGAAGUUAUAAUAUACGUAAUAGAGGGAGCUGAUAAAUGCUUAAUACAAAAAUACGAAAAAUCUCGAGAUUUGAGGUUAUGGUCAUUAUUGGGAUUUAAAAUUUUAAAUGUUUAUUUUUUUUUUUAUUAUUAUUAAAUUUUUCUAGUUUUUAAUUUUUAAUACUUGACUCUCCGUCUUUUGGAGAUCUGGGAUCUCAAAUUUUGUGAAAACAAAUGAUUUAUUAGAUUGAAUUAACCGGUACUUUUGAAUUGAUUAUUGAUAGUUUUUAUUAGUUGAUUUAAGUAAACGAACGUUUUGUUAUUAGUGCUGUAAAUUAUAAUCGUUUUCACUCCCCAAAAUGCAUAUUAAACAUGUAUGUAUUGAAUUUGAAAUAUAUGUAUUAUCAUGUCAAGUUUAUAUAACGUUUUCCGAUAACGUACCUAUCGAUUAUGACAUCGAAAUUGAUGUUAAAUCAAUUACUAUAACAUUAGCAGAAAAAGACAUAUACAUUUUAAACAUUAAAGAGUAUACACUUGAAGAAGAUGAAAUUAGUGAUAUCAAAGUUUAUGGCAACAAAUUGCUGUUUCGUGCUCAGUUGAAUAGUUGCCCCAAAACUGAAUCGUCUUGCUUUUCAUUCGCGCCCAAAUACAUGCCUAAAGUGAAAAGUGCCGAAGAAGUCUUCAUUACAUGUUGCUCAUGUCAAAAGUUGUUUGACACAAAAUCAUUUAACUUUCGUAGAGUCUUACCGGUAGAAUUAUAUGAAGUUGAUCAUAUGUUUUGUCACGGAGGAACAGACAAUUUAGUUUUUCAUCCGCAAGAAGAUGACUGCUACUUCGACAAAGUAUCAAUCUAUAUAAGAAAUAAACAUUGGACAUCGUCCAAUUCCGUCAAAUGUAAAAACUGUGAUUUGUGUAUAGGUGUAUGCGUAGAAUACGGAUUAAGAUUGUGGUUGGACUCUGUCAGUUUUAAAUUUGGCCUUAAUGAUGAACAAACAUAUGCCCCACCAUAUGACUGUUUUGCUAUUUUAAUAGAUGAUAUUGUUAAAACGAUGCUUGGACCAAUUUCACAUGUUAUUAUGAAAUUCAAGGAUUCUGUAAAUGCCUUUCAUUAUAUAUUAAUGAAAGUCGUUAAAAAAAGUGAAUUCGCUAUUGCUUUAAAUCCUAAUUGUAAUAACAUUAUUACACUUGAAAGGAAAAAUUGCUCAAGUAUCAUUUGGCAUACAUAUUCUGAUUUUGUGGAAAAAUGGAGAAAUGAUUACUUUGUGACAGAAAUACAAAUAUCAGAAAGAAUGUAUCAAAGUGCAAUUAAAUAUUUAACUGAAAUUAACAAACAAUUCCUUAUUGGAAACUGUUUACCUGGAAUUGAGAAAGCACGAAAAUCUUAUUUAUUCACUGAUUUAACAGAUAUAGUUAAAUAAUUUCUACAUUAUUCUACAAAAAAUAUUGUAUUACUAUAUUACCAAUAAGAAAUUACCCAUAUAAUUAGUCAUUACAAUAUGAUUUCAUGAAUUUUUGUUAAUUUGAUUGUUUAAUUGUCCAUAUUUGUUAAGAUAUUUUGUACAAAAACAUUCCAUUUAUAAUGUAUCAUUGUAAUGUUUUAUAAAUAAUGAUAAUUUUAAUAUAUA